AUGAAGCCAGAAAUUGAACAGGAGUUGUCACACACUCUUCUUACAGAGUUGUUGGCAUACCAAUUUGCGUCACCAGUCAAGUGGAUUGAAACUCAGGAUGUAUUCUUGAAGGAGUACAAAACUGAGAGGAUCGUUGAGAUUGGACCAUCGCCAAUCUUGUGCCACAUGGCAUUGAAGACGAUCAAGAACAAGUACGAGUCGUAUGAUGCAGCAUUGUCUCUCCAGAGACAGGUUCUUUGCUACUCGAAGGACAACAGCGACAUCUACUACACUCCGGAUGCAGCCGAGCUUGAGGAGGAGGGCAAGAAGGCAGCAGCCCGGGCAGGCAAGAAGGGAAAGAAGAUGAAGGAGGGAAAGAAGGUGAAGAAAGUGGAGAAGGUGAAGGUAGAGAAAGUAGAGAAAGCAGAGAAAGCAGUUCCUGCUGCAAUUCCUGCUACUGCUACUCCUUCCUCGGCCACCUCGCAGAUCCCAGACGAACCAAUCAAAGCAGAGAUCGUCGUGAAGGCUAUCGUGGCCCACAAGUUGAAGAAGUCGAUCGACGAGGUUCCAAUGGACAAAACGAUCAAGGACUUGGUGGGUGGAAAGUCGACGGUGCAGAACGAGAUUGUGGGAGAGUUGGGCAAGGAGCUGGGCAACCUGCCGGAGAAGCCCGAGGAUAUGCCGCUGCAGGAGCUCUGCGACACGUUGCAGGAGACGUUUGCGGGUGGAUUCGGUAAGGUGACGUCAUCGCUGGUUGCACGGUUGAUCUCGUCGAAGAUGCCGGGAGGAUUUUCGGUUGGUGCGACGAGACGGUACCUUGAGACGCGGUGGGGGUUGCAGGGCGGCCGACAGGACGCGGUGUUAUUGUACGCAGUUACCGGGGAGCCCGGUCAGCGUUUGGCUGGGGAGCCGGAGGUCCGUGCGUUUUUUGACGGGUUGGUUACGCGGUACGCGGCCCGGGCUGGCGUGGAUCUCACGCAGGCCCAGGCGGGAGCCGGUACCGGGGCGCCCGGUGGAGCUGGGGCGGCCCCCGUGGUGGACGCGGCGGCGAUGGAGAAGUUGACGGCGGGCAGCCGGAAACUGGCCCGGCAGCAGUUGGAGACGUUGGCCCGGUACUUGAAGAUGGAUCUCACCAAGGGGGACCGGUCCCUGGUGAAGCAGAAGGAGGCCACGGCAGUGUUGCAAGCCCAGUUGGACUUGUGGGCCGAGGAGCACGGCGAGUACUACGCUAGUGGCAUCAAACCGGCCUUCUCGAGGUUGAAGGCCCGGGUGUACGACUCGUACUGGAACUGGGCCCGGCAGGAUGCCCUCUCGAUGUACUACGAUAUCAUCUUUGGCAACUUGCGGACUGUGGAUCGGGAAACGGUCCGGCAGUGCAUCCAAAUCAUGAACCGGGCCAACCCGACGUUGAUCGAGUUCAUGCAGUACCACAUUGACCACACCCCUGUUGAGAGAGGAGAGACCUACGAGCUGGCCAAGCGGCUCGGCCAGCAGUUGACGGACAACUGCCGGGAGGUGUUGGGCCACCAGCCGGUGUACAAGGACGUUUCGAGGCCGACGGGACCGAAAACGACGAUCGACGAGCGGGGGAACGUGCAGUACGCGGAGGUUCCGAAGGAAGGGUGCCGGAAAUUCGAGCAGUACGUGCAUGAGAUGGCCCAGGGCGGGGCCAUGACCAAGGACCGGUCGUACCACUCGAUCCAGGAGGACCUUGUGCGGGUUUACAAGGCGAUCUCGAAGCAGGCAUCGGGCCAGUCGAAGCUCGAGUUCGAGAAGAUGUACAAGCGGUUGAUUGACUUCGUGGAUAGCAACACGGAGAUUGAGGUGUUGAAGUCGGCCCAGGACGUUUUGGGGAGCGGAGUGGAGGAAGGCGGAGAUGAAGGAGAAGGAGAGGAAGCAGAGUUGAGCAGUGCAGACGACACGUCGGAAAUCGCAUCGUUGAAAGAGUACUCGGAGAUCAAGAGGCACGUCUCGGCAACAAUCCCACCGGAGACAAUCCCAUUCUUGCACCUCCGGCGGAAAAACAAGUACGGGGAGUGGAGUUACGACCGGGCAGGCACGGAAAAGUACUUGGACGAGCUGGAGAACGCGGCGGUGAACGGGGUGAGCUUCGCGGGCAAGUGUGCCCUCGUGGUGGGUGCCGGCAAGGGCUCGAUCGGCGUUCAGGUCCUGCAGGGCCUCCUCUCUGGAGGUGCGAAGGUGGUUGCCACGACGUCGAAGUACUCGAAGGAGGCGGCAGAGUACUACCAGGACAUCUAUGCACGGUAUGGGGCGGCCGGAUCGACGUUGGUGCUUGUUCCAUUCAACCAGGCAUCGGUCCAGGACCUCCGGUCGAUCGUCGAGUACAUCUACGACGACCCGAAGAAGGGCGGCCUAGGCUGGGACCUCGACUUCGUGGUUCCGUUCGCGGCGAUCCCGGAGAUGGGCAUCGAGCUGGACUCGCUCGAGUCGAAGUCGGAGUUGGCCCACCGGAUCAUGUUGACGAACUUGCUCCGGCUGUUGGGCGAGGUGGUGAAGGCGAAGCGGGCCCGGCAGAUCGAGACCCGGCCGGCCGAGGUGAUCCUCCCGCUGUCUCCGAACCACGGCACGUUUGGGUCCGACGGCAUGUACUCGGAGUCGAAGUUGGCCUUGGAGACGCUUUUCAACCGGUGGCACUCCGAGAGCUGGUCGUCGUACCUGACGAUCUGCGGGGCUGUGAUUGGCUGGACCAGGGGCACGGGGCUCAUGUCUGGCAACAACGUGAUUUCCGAGGGAAUCGAGAAACUCGGUGUGCGGACCUUCUCGCAGCGUGAGAUGGGCUUCAACUUGCUCGGGUUGCUGUCCCCUCGGAUCAAGGUGAUGACCGAGAAAUCGCCCGUGAUGGCAGACUUAAACGGCGGGUUGCAGUUCGUGACCAACUUGCGUGAGUACACGAACCGGCUCCGGGCUGAGAUCGGCAGCACGUCGGACGUUCGGCGGGCCGUGAGCAUCGAGACGGCCCUGGACUACAAGUGCGUGAGUGGUGAGCAGGCAGAUGCACCGUUCAACCCUUCCCGGGUGCAGCCGAAGGCCAACAUGCGGUUCGAGUUCCCAGAGUUGAAGCCGUACGACCAGCUCAAAGCGAAGGCCCCCGAGUUGGAGGGCAUGCUAGACCUGGACCGCGUGGUGGUGGUGACCGGGUUCUCGGAGGUGGGCCCCUGGGGCAACUCGCGGACCCGGUGGGAGAUGGAGGCCGAGGGGGAGUUCUCGCUCGAGGGAUGCGUGGAGAUGGCGUGGAUCAUGGGCUUCAUCCGGUACUUCAACGGGCGGAUCAAGGGCCGGCAGUACACCGGGUGGGUGGAUGCGAAGACCGGGCAACCCGUGGCAGAUCUGGACAUCAAGAAGAGGUACGAGAAGCAGAUCUUGGCCCACUGCGGCAUCCGGCUGAUCGAGCCGGAGUUGUUCGACGGCUACGACCCGAACAAGAAGGAGUUCCUGCAGGAGGUGAUCAUCCAGCAGGACUUGGAGCCGUUUGUGUCUGACGGCGAGACUGCCCGGCAGUUCCGGUUGCAGCACGGCGACAAAGUGGAGAUCUUCGCCCUGGACGAGUCUGGAGAGGAGUACUCGGUCCGGCUGUUGAAGGGGGCCCGGUUGUUUGUUCCCAAGGCCCUCCGGUUCGACCGCCUGGUGGCCGGCCAGAUCCCCACGGGCUGGGACCCUAAGAAGUACGGCAUCCCGGCCGAUAUCGUCGACCAGGUCGACCCGCUCACCUUGUUUGUGCUCGUGGCCACCGUCGAGGCGCUUCUCAGUGCCGGAAUCACCGAUCCGUACGAGUUCUACCGGUACGUGCACGUGUCUGAGGUGGGAAACUGCACGGGAUCGGGCAUGGGCGGUGUCACGGCCCUCCGGGGAAUGUUCAAGGCCCGGUACAAGGACAUCCCCGUGCAGAACGACAUUCUCCAGGAGUCGUUCAUCAACACGGUGGCCGCCUGGGUCAACAUGCUCUUGCUCUCGUCCUCGGGCCCCAUCAAGACCCCAGUGGGGGCCUGUGCCACGGCCAUCGAGUCCGUCGAUGCCGGUGUCGAGACCAUUCUCUCGGGCAAGGCCAAGAUCGUGCUCGUGGGCGGUGCCGACGACUUUGGCGAGGAGGGCUCCUACGAGUUUGCCAAUAUGAAGGCCACGUCCAACGCCGUCGAGGAGUUUGAGCACGGCCGGACACCUGCCGAGAUGUCUCGGCCUGCCACGACCACCAGGAACGGGUUCAUGGAGUCCCAGGGUUCCGGAAUCGAGGUCUUGAUGACCGCCUCCUUGGCCAUCCGGAUGGGUGUGCCUAUAUACGGCAUUGUGGCCAUGUCGUCCACGGCCUCCGACAAGAUCGGCCGGUCCGUGCCCGCCCCUGGCCAGGGUAUCUUGACCACGGCCCGCGAGUACCACGGCGACUUGCAGUACCGGUCACCGCAGCUGGACAUCAAGUACCGGUCCCGGCAGAUCCGCCGCAGGAGAAAGCAGAUCAAAGAGUGGUACGAGGACGAGCUACGCGAGCUGGAGGCCGGUGCCAAGCACGAAGCACCCUCCGAUGUGGCCCGGUACCUCGCGGAGCGAACCGAGGAGUUGCAGAGAGAGGCCGCCCGGCAGAUCAAGGAUGCCCAGAGGCAGUACGGCAACGAGUUCUGGAAGGACGACCCGCGGAUCUCCCCACUCCGGGGUGCCCUAGCCACCUUCGGCUUGACUAUCGACGACUUGGGCGUGUGCUCGUUCCACGGCACGUCCACCAAGGCCAACGACAAGAACGAGUCCGAGACCAUCGACCGCAUGAUGCAGCACCUGGGCCGGACCCCCGGCAAUGCCGUCUACGGAGUCUUCCAGAAGUACCUCACGGGCCACCCCAAGGGUGCAGCCGGGGCCUGGAUGCUCAACGGGGCCCUCCAGAUCAUGCAGACGGGACUCGUGCCGGGCAACCGCAACGCCGACAACAUCGACAAGCAGCUCGAAAACUACAAGUUCGUUCUUUUCCCCUCUCGGUCCAUCCAGACCGACGGAAUCAAGGCCGUAUCCGUCACCUCCUUCGGCUUUGGCCAGAAAGGUGCCCAGGCCGUCGUCGUCAACUCAGACUACUUGUUUGCCGCUUUGUCCCGCUCCCAGUAUGACGAGUACUCCUACAAGGUCGCCCGCCGCCACAAGAAGUCCUACUCCUACAUGCAGAACGCCCUGCUCCACAACAACAUGUUUGUCGCCAAGGCCCAUCCUCCUUACACCGACUCCCAGGAGCAGCAGGUCUACUUGGACCCCUUGGCCCGUGUUUCCCAGGACAACCAGGACCACUACAGCUUCGACGACGAUGCCUUGCAGAAAAGCAGCAUGUACGUCUCUUCCACUGCCACCAAGACUGCUGGAAUGCUCUCGGACCUGCUCCAGGCUCGCGGUGCACAUCCCAGUGCCGGUGUCGGCGUUGAUGUCGAGAUGAUUUCCGCCAUCAACACUGACAGUCGCCUGUUCAUCGAACGCAACUUCACCCCGGCCGAGAUCGCCUACUGCGAGGCUGCCCCUGACCCAAGGGCCUCUUUCGCGGGCCGCUGGUCUGCCAAGGAGGCCGUGUUCAAGGCGUUGAACACCGCGGGACACGGGGCUGCUGCUGCUUUGAAGGAUAUCGAGGUUCUUGCUGAUGCCAACGGUGCUCCCGUUGUCAACUUGACUGGCUCUGCCAAGGUGGCUGCCAAGGAGAGCAGCAUUAGGAAUGUAAAGGUGUCUAUCUCGCACGAUGACAUGCAGUCGUUGGCCGUUGCUAUCUCUGAUUGA